UCAAUUUUCACCCUUCUUUUUCUUUCUAUUUUUGCCUCUUAAUUUUCUCUCAUUUCUUUGCAAAACAAUUCCCACUUGUAAUUAGCAACGAAAUCGUUUCCAAUUCUUCCCACGAUGCGUUGUGGUUAUGGAUUGGCGGCGUUGCCCGGUACAGACGCCCGUUUCUUUUCGCCGGAAACUUCCUUCCUCCGGUUACCCAGAACCGUCCAUCCGGCCCGGAUAAAAUUUGGGUCGCUCAAAAUCAGGGCGAAGAUCGACGAAGCGAGGAAGGAGGUGAGUUUUUAUGAGCUGUUGGGGAUAUCGGAGACGGGUACUUUGCUGGAGAUAAAGCAGGCGUAUAAGCAACUGGCUAGGAAGUACCACCCGGACGUGUCGCCGCCGGAUCGGGUCGAGGAGAAUACGGAGCGGUUUAUUCGGGUCCAGGAAGCUUAUGAGACUUUGUCGGAUCCGAGGAGGAGAGCUGUGUAUGAUAAGGAUUUGGCUUUUGGGCUUCACCUUGCUUUCUCUGGUAGACGGCGUUAUCAACACGAUGAGGAUCUAGAAGAUCGAAGGGUGGAGAAACCAAUGGGAAUCUCAGCUAUCGGAGCUGAAGAGAAGAAGCAUGAACAGGGAUGCCGGAGGGAACAUGUCAUGGGGAGCUCGAAUGCGCAGGCAAAGGGAAGAAUUGUCUAAAGAACUAUAAACAAAACAUCCCUUUUUAACCUCAAAUGUAUACAAAAUAUUUCUUUUGUGUGUGUAUAUAUAUGUAUCACUCCACUCUCUUUAUAUAUGGUGAUUUGAUCAUCAUUGCUCAAAGAUAGGACUUUCAAUGCUAAUCUGAGAACCAAAUUCCACUACUUGGCUUUCAAUAUUGUACAUAAAUCUAUUAAAGUUUGACUUGU